CAGAACACAUUCUAAAUUCACUAAAACUUACAGAAAUUAUACAUAUUAUGAACAAGUUCCCUCAAGAAUUACCAAGCAAAAUUUUGAAAAUUUGUCCCAAUUGCGCAAUGGAACACUUAGGACCUCAUCAACGCGGCUACGGAAGAAGCAAAGUGACGGUCAAGGACCGCUGCGCAGGCUGUGUGGAGACUCUCAAGUCGUUGUGUCGUCACUCCGAAGACAUCACACUCUUCCAGAUCCUCGGAGUUGUCUAUCGUAUCGUCAUCACUGCACUGAGCUCACUAGUGGGCCUGACCAUAGCCCUGCUGCCCUUGGCUGAGUUUCUGAUGCUUUUGGUCCUGUAUGUGGUUGAGUCCAUAGCAUGGACUUUGCAAGAACCUAGUGUUUCAGUCGCUGUUGCAAAAGGUGUGGCAACGCUGGUCGCUGUGCUCAUAUUAGGCUGCAUAGCAGGGUGUCUGGUCCAUUAUUUGAUGCUGCCAACUCUACAUUUGCUCUUCACGGUUUUCUCGUAGACUGCUACAUGUAAACAUUAAACAUUAAAUUACCGGCCAAAGUAUA